AGGAUUCCUCCGUCAUCCAACUGAAUGAAUUUCAAGAAUCAAUUCAUGUAUCAGAUCUCACCGCUUAUUCAACGCUCAACAUCCUAUUUCCUCGUUUCACAUCCACGAAUCAUGACUUGUCGAAGCUGAAGAUAUUUGGAUAUUUCCACUGAUUUCUGAGAACUUUAACUGAAGCAUUCAUUGUAGCAAUGGCAUCUGUGAGGUUUAGAAAUGGAGUGAUUGAUUGAACUUUACGUAGGAUCUGGUGAAGGAACAAUAUAACGUCUUCAGAACUCGGUGUAGUUUCAACUACUUGAACUAAGAUGAGUGAAGAAGUGACUUCAAUGAGAUUUUAUAACAAUUUGACAUUUGGUUUUUGUAGGAUUAUCGAUGAAUAUGACUCACCAAGAGUACAGUGAAUAUGUACUCCAUGAUGGAGGACUUGAAAAUAGGAUGAUACAUGUUUGAAGUGUAGUUAGAAACGAAAAACACCUGAAAGCAAUGUUGUGGUGGCUGCUAGUCACUUUGAUUGGUGUUUUGGGGAGAUCAGCCGUUCAUGGUUGUCCCCUUUCCUGCAUCUGCAAGUGGAAAGGUGGGAAACAAUCCGUUGAAUGUGUCAACAAAGGCUUGAUAACCAUUCCUGAUGGCAUGGAUCAAGGAACACAGGUGUUGGACUUCUCGGGGAACAAUCUGCAACAUCUGCCCAGGGAGCGAUUCCAGCGUAUGGGUCUCAUCAACCUACAGAAAAUAUUUCUGCCGAAGUGUAAGAUAUCUCAGAUUGAUGACAGAUCUUUCAAAGGCCUCACGAAUUUGGUCGAACUGGAUCUUUCAGAGAAUUUAAUAGCGACUAUACCGACAGAAACGUUUUUCGACUACCCUUCAUUGAUGAGACUGAUGCUCAACGGUAACUCGAUCAAGGAGAUCAAAUCAGGCGCUUUCCAGCCGUUAUCGUUUCUCACAAAUCUUGAUUUGAAUAAUUGUCGAAUAGAGAAGAUAGAAGACGGGUCAUUUGUAGGACUUGAGAGUCUGGAAUGGCUGAAACUUGAUAACAAUAAUAUUGCCCGCAUUGAAGGUAAUCAGAUACUACCAGAGACACUUCACGGUAUUGACCUUCAUCAUAAUCCAUGGUUGUGUGACUGUAAGCUCCUAGAUCUCAGAGCCUGGCUUCUGAAUUUCAAUACUCCUCAAACUAUUGAGCCAAAAUGUGUGGGACCGAACAGGUUGAAGGGUUAUCCUGUGAGAACUGUGGAGAUAGAUGACUUGGCUUGUCUCCCUGAUGUUACACCGACAACUCUCUAUCUAGAGAUUGCGGAAGGAAAGAAUAUUUCGUUGCUGUGUCGUGUCUCAGCGACUCCUGAAGCGAAAGUAUCGUGGUGGUUCCAGGGCAAUAUUUUGCAAAACGAUUCGGUAGUAGCACCGGGUCUACAUCUUUAUUAUUUCAUUGAGGAAGGGACUACUGAGAAGAGGAGUGAGCUUUUUAUAUUUAACACGAAUAUUGAAGAUAAUGGAACGUUUGUUUGUGUGGCUGAGAAUCCUGCUGGAAGAGCACAGUCGAAUUACACUAUAAGAAUUGUUUUGAAAGAGGAGCCAGUAGUUGGACUGGCAGUGUUCCCUUACGAGUAUGUGAUAAUAAUUUCAGCAGCAGUUUCGGUUUUAGCGUUGCUUAUGGCUGUUACCAUUGCGCUCUGUUUGAUAAGGUGUAGAAGGAGACGGAGAAGGCGACGAAAAAAGGAGAGGAGCAAGCAAGUAGCACUUGACACUCCCCAGCAAUACUCGAAGGCUCCUAGUUGUAGGGAGGGUGGCGAGCACAUAACAAGGCUGGGACCGAGCACAGUGAAUGCGAUCCCAGCCAAAGUGAACGGGUCAGUGGUGAUGGCCGAGAGGCAACCGCAUGAGAUGCUGUUGUACGCGACAGGGGGAGGUGGGAUGGUAGUGGUACCCAAUAAUACAUGCACCGCGUACGGGAGUCCCACGUCUUCCCUGAGGAGCUACCCUCUGGAACAGAAUCCCGACCUGCUCAACGACAUGGAGGCAGUGAACAAGGAGAGGAGGUUGAAAAGCAAGGAAGGUGACGCGAGUGAGCCUAAGGAACAGCAGCAGCUAGAGACUGUCAUCGAGGAGACGCAGCAGCAGACGGCCCAACCCCAGCAGCCUCCGUUGCCCAGCUGGCCCACUGACCGCUACAAGCCCUCGAUGGGCACACUGCCCCGUGGCAUAUCAGGGAGCCGCGAGCUCUACCAGCAGCAGCACCUCACAGCUGACGUCCACCUCUCGCCGGGGAAGUUCAUUGGCAACGACGGCUUCCCCAUGGACUAUGGACUGCCCAAGGUCAGCGGUCAUUUCCCUGUGCUGGUGUCUGCCAACACGUUCUACAGAACGCUGCCGCACAAGUCGACACGCCACACUGCUGCCAACCCAACUGCUAGGUACUCUCGAGAGGCCGAGUUCCUGUCGACGUCGUCGCAACGGCAGGCGUCCUACGAGCACUUCGGCGCACCAGCCGAUGUCCGUUACACGGCAGAGGGCUACCCAUGCGCCACGCAGCCACCCUUCAUAGAACCACCCUGUCACCCGGCGUACACGCUGCCUUCUCCCCCGGCGCAGUACAAGGGGAGUCAAACGGCGGCGGCGGAGCCCCAAGAUAAGGCGGCCCAGUGGCCUGAGACAUCACCGGACGCGAUGCUUCCGGACCACCGGACGCAACCGGACCGCGAGCCGGCACACGUCUCGGCACACAACUCGCUGCGUCUGCAGCCGGUGCUCACCGAGAGUCCAGACGAGGGCUUCGAGGGUGACUCCGUCGAAACGGCGGAAAUUUGACGAACCCAGAAGUAGACCCUGGUGGACACCAAGCUGUAGAAAGCUUUCAAAAGAUCUAUCAAGACGUUAUAAAGUAUUACACUAAGGACAUGUAGAAAUUGUUGUGUUGACUCUCGUGAAUAAUGACUCAAGGACAGCAUUGUCUCAAGUACCAAAACUCGAACAAUCAAUGAGUUGUAGAAAGCUUUCAUGUAAUCGAUGAAAAUUUCCUACUAAUGAAAAGAUAGUAUUUCUUGUAUUGACGCUCGUGGAUGUUAUAAAGAUGUUGACUGUAUUAUAAUGAUGUUGAUUGUAUUAUAAUGAUGUGAAGAUAUUCCAUGAUGGAUCAAACUCUGCCAUAAUAGAGGCCAGGAGUAGGACCUGAUGCACACCAAACUAUGGAAAGCUAUUGUGAGAUCUAUGACUAUUUUCCACUAAUAUCACGUAUUGAUUUGUUGUAUUGACGCUAAUGAAUUUCCAAGAGAAUGAAUUCUCUCCCAUUAACAGUACAGUAAACAACAUUCAUCAUAAUCCAUUUUAUUUAUAAAAUCGGUGAUUGAUUUAUUAUUCUAUUAAUUCUGUUAGGUUCAUGAACGUGAGCUGUCGUGAAGAGAAUAUCGUUCGACUAAGUAAUAAAAUUCCAAUAUUUUUUCAAUUUAUCAGUGCUGUGAUGUCAUACAAUAGUGUGAAAAGUUUUCUCUCAUACUCGUGAAGACGCGACAAAAGUCACUUUUAUGUCGUGAAUGGAAUUUUGUCAAUAUUGGUAAUUAAAUCUCCAAUUUCCAUAGAGGGUGUUAUUAUCAUGUCAAAAUAAUAUUGGAUUGUUUUGUGGAUCUAUUUUAUUCUCUUACAAACUCUUGUUUCGAGAAAUAAAUUAUGUUCUAAGUCUCCAAAUAAGUUACCAUAAAUUAUUGAUUUUUAUUCUUACACUUUUUAGUAAAAUGAUUAAUUAAGGAUGAUUUUAGAUUAUAUGAGAAGAAGAUUACAUGACAUGGAAUGUUUUGAAUGUCGAAGAUGAAGAGAUGAGAUAAUAACUGCUCGCAAAAAUUUGCUGUAUUUUCUUGUGGUGUACCUGUAUUUUAUAACACGUUAACUGUUGGGAAUCCUGUGGAUAUGAUUAAUAUCAACACUGUAUCUCAUACAAAUGAUGUGAUUAAGUUCUAAAUUGGAUUAAAAAGUGAGAAUGAAAACUAUCAGUUUCAUCUCAAGUAUAUCCACUGAAGAAUGAAGAAUAUAUCACAAUUUCUGAGUUCCCAAAACAUCAUUAUAAAUAAAUCUUAAGUUAUUCACAGGAUUUUCACGAAUUCCAUGGAAACCUUGCCAAUAAUACGGCCUAUUAUUUUUUGGAUAUAAUAUAAUGAAAGUGAAAUAUAGAAAAUGUGAACUCGGUUUGUAACAGACGAUUGGAUAAGUCCAAAGUUACUUACGAACUCAUCUAGACUAUUCGACAAAUGCAUUUCGAAUUUUACUUCGAUGUUGAUGACUAGAUUCGGAAAAGGAACUAACAUUCUUGUACUUACCUAGAACCAUUUGUUGAGCUGGUGUUUCCAGUUUUAUCUGUUAAUUUCUAUCUACAGUUGAUGGAAUGAAUCAUUGUUGAAGUGCUCAAAGUUUUAAAUAAGUGAUUUCUCAUCUGGAAAUGGGUUUUCUAGAGGAAAAAUAUGCAAUAUUGUAUUUAGUAAUGUAAAUAAUAUUAAGCGUUUUAUCAUCAAUGAUCAUUGAGGAGAACCAUUAUUAUUUAGUACGAGAUGACACAUAUGGAAUUAUUGUAUUGUUGUUGAGAAAAUUGUUAUUGAAUAGUAGCUCUUGUAAUCAUAAUUAUCGAUUUAGUCAUAAGAUUUUCAUACGAAUGAUGUAAAUAGUUUUGAAUGAUUUAUUGAACUAUUAAAAUGUGUUUUUUUACAGACUCGAAACUCAAUAGUAAAUACACGUUAAGAAUAAAUAGCAUGAUACAGCAUCCACUCCAAUGCAGGGAAAUUAUUCAAGUCAGACAGGAAAAUCAGUUUGAGUGUGAGAAGGAUCCCAUCGAAUAUUCUCAACAAUCGAAAUUUCAUGAGAUUAUGAUAGCAAUAUUAUCGUAAGAUGGAAAAAUUCGUGUUCCAUUGGAUGGAGCAAGCCACUAAUGAGUAUCAGGACUGAAUCUAUUCAAAUUACUUCUCGUAUUGCAUUUCCAUUCUUAUACACAAUCAAUUUAAACACCUAUGAAGUGAAAAAUGCACUUACUAGCAGUGACGAUCAAUCUGACCUGGUGUGGUUCAUCAGUUUCUUGUAGGUCUGAUAAUGAAGUGCAUUUUUUACUACUUUAUAAGUGUUUCAAAAUUUUAGUUCAAAAUAAUUUCUUGUUAAAUUGAUUCAAAUCCUUGAUGAUAUUUUCAAAGAAGCUAUGGCGUAAAGUCACGAAACUAAAGUAGAUACUUUCCAGCCAAUUGAAUUCAGGGUCUAUUACACUUCUGCUCUUAAUACAGUGUUCAUCUUGAUACUCUUGGCUAGCACCAAAUCUAUUCUAAUUUAGAUCAUAUUGUAUUAAUGCAGACAUAUUCCAGAUCAAAUCUUCAGUGAUAUAUAAAAUGGAAUGGGAUGAAUGAAAAGCAUUAAAUUGAAUGAAAUUUGUGGUCAUUCUAGAAGGUUACGAGGUUGUACCGGUAAUGGGUUUUCUUUAAGAGCGUGAUGAAUGAAACUUUUCAAUUGAAUUGAAGAAUAUUCGAACUGGCUCACUCUCAAAACAAAGUCAUAAUGAUUUUCUUGUCAUACACUGCUUCUUCUCGUUAGUCAUUGUGGAACACAAAAAUCAAUAUCAAUCUCUAAAAUUCGAUAUUCUACUCUAUUCUUUAAUAAAGUCUCCCACUAAAACUUUUUGUGGUUCAAUUAUAUUGAUAUCAUACAGAGAAAAUAAUUAUGCUAUAUUUUCUCUAUGUUGAUACUUGAAUAUGGAAGUGGGAAUGAUGAUUGUGUGUUUGGAGUCUGACACUAGAGAUAUUACCAAUAUUUGAUUAUGAAAUAAAUAAUCAAGAUUAAUGAGAGUUGAAAUGAUAAUUGAGUUAAAUUUCAAAAGAUGAAGAUAUUCACGUUUUGAAAGUAUGAAUAAUAUUCUCAUAUGAUUGAAAUAUUAUUUCUAUUGAGGGAGUUAACUCUUGGAUUUGACCUGAAAGAGUUGAGCACAAUCUUUACACGACGCAUUUCACCUGUAGCAAGGUUAGGUUAAAAAACUUCUUUUAAGUCAAUGUAAAUCCACAUAGAAUAAAAAAUUCUAGGUGAAGAUAUUCGACUUUCAAAACCUAUAUAUCAAUGUAUAGUUUUCUCUGUCCACAUACAAGGUUCUGUAGAGAUCUGUUUCAAUUGGUACAUCAAUAAUAUACCUCGUAUAUUAUAUAAUACUCGAACUUGGAGUUUUUCAUGGCCAUGAAAUAUCGCCAACUGGAUCCCAAGCUCCCAUCAAUAUUAAUUUCUUCUCAACUUUCUCCGAACCGAAUUUCCUCCAUGAUUGAUCACGUGACGUCGAAUAAUGUAACAAACCGCACCAAUUUCAUGCGCGUACAAUAAAUAACGCUCCGCCAUCCGUUCGGAAUUGAGAACCCGCCGUCGAGUCGCUCAAAAUUAAAUUAGACCGUCGGGACAAUUUGACGUCGUAGCCGAAAACAGAAUCGCCCAUCUUGUUGUUGUUCUCGUGCACUUUUAUGUGCUGGAAAGCGCAUAAAAUAGCGCGUACCCUCCUUCUUCUUCCGUGAUCCUACAUCCAAUUUCCUAUUACAAAUGUCUAACAGUAAAACGACACAUUUUAUCGCUGGCGCUCUCCUUGAGCUCCAGAGCUUUGCUAAAGGUCGUGUGUGUGAGUGCGCGUUCAGAAAUUCAGCGGCAGAACAACCUGACAUCCGAAUGAUGGUGCAUAAAGAGAGAUACUGCUGCUGUUUAAUUCACACACAUCAAUAUUGAUGGCCCAACAAAUAUUGCCAACCCAAUGCGUGUCCCAUGUGACCUUUGACGUUCGAGUGACAUAGAUUAUCCUGCUGUAGUUACAGUUCAAAGAUAGAUGCAAAUAAAAACCAAGAUAUUACCAUUUCAAUUCCCUGCAUUUAUGAGUAUGAUAUUUCCACUUUGUUAGACUCACAGAACCCGUGAAGACUCCAAUUUCAAUCAAAUCAAAUAGCUUAUUCACUCAAAAUAUACAAAAUAUAGGAGGACAAGUUCAAUAAAUAUACAAAUGAACAUUUUCCAGCGGAAUUCAAUGAUUAUCUAAUAAUAGUACGGUAAAUGAAGUCGAAUGUCAUGUGACGCACAAUUUAUUCUAAUAUUUUUGUGAAAAUCUCCAAGUAAUCAAGAAGCAUUUGAACUAUUAUGUUACUAAACUCUAUCAAGAAUCUUUGACAAAUUGUUUUUUUAGGUUUCCAUAUUCGCUUCAUACCUCUCACAUCUUUCAAAUACGGAGUUUUUCGAAUGAAAAUGAGCAAUAAUAACACUAUUUAGGCUCAAUCUGGAUCUGUUAGGCUCUGUUAUGAAUAUACUAUGAUUAUUGUUUCAUUCUAAUAAUUAUUAUAAAUACACUAUUUAUACUAUUAUUUGAUUUUUGAGUUCCACAUACGACAUCUAACGUGAAGAGUGUGAGUCUGACUCUGUUACCAAUGUAAAUAUACUCGUACAUUAUAUUUUAAAUACAUUGAACCUCUAGAUAUUAGUUGUAUUGUGAUUUACUAACGAAAAAGAGCAAAGCUACGUUCUGUAAAUAAUAUAGAUCAGUUGAAAUGUUAUGUAUAUUUGGUAAAUAAAAAUGAGAUGAGAAAUCAUUGACCCCCUUUAAU